AUGGAAGCUAUAGAUAGUAGCAUGAGUGGACCGUUGAGGAAGGUGAACAUUCCAAAUCCUGCAAUGCCUCGAGUAAAUGAGAUAUGUGCCUCGAUGCCAAAAGAAGCCAAAACAGAAUUUGAAAAAUGUUACGGAAGAAUCCUCGACUUGUUGAGAAUACCUGUGGACCCUGCUUUCAUGAGAGCUUUGAUACACUUUUGGGAGCCAGAGUUUCGUUGCUUCCGAUUCCCACACUUUGAUAUAGUCCCCACUAUAGAGGAGUAUGACCUAAUGACUAAGUGGCCCAAGUCGGGAGGAGUUUUCUUUGUUCAAGAAGGACGUAUAUCCUCUGAUAAGGUGGCUAAAUUAAUUGGCUUACCCUCUCACUUGUCCAUUCUAGAAGGCAAUGGAGUAGUCAAAGGAUGGAAGCUUUCCAUUUUGGAAGAACAUCUUUCCCUUCUGGGUCACCAAAAGAAUUGGAUAACCUUCAACAAGACCCUAGCCUUAAUCUUGUUUGGGAUAAUCCUCUUCCCCUUUCAUGAGAAGGUGGUAGAUCAUGCCGCAAUCGACGCCUUCCUUGCUUGGGACGCCCGCUCCAACAGCCUUGUACCUUCCAUCCUCGUCGAUACCUUGCUCGCAAUCGACCUUUGCCGUCAAAAAUCAGGAAAACAGAUGAGAUGGUGCAAUCCACUCCUUUAUGUGUGGGCAUACACUCAUUUCUUCGCCAAGAACCAUAUGGGAAAAUUCCCUGACCCAUUAAGAAGUUUCCCUAGGAUUCCAUCAUCAAGGAAGUAUGCCACGGCGUGGAAAGCUGAAAUGGAGGGAUGCACUGAAAACACUUUCACAUGGAUGUGCCCCUGGUUUAGAUCGAGUCACGUGUUAGUACGGUGUGGCCAGUUCUCUAGCCUACCUUUGAUGGGAUUAAGAGGAUGCAUAGCCUACUCCCCAAAGUUGGUGUUAAGACAACUUGGAAGGACACAAACUCUACCAAAUCAAGAAGACUUCGGCGGCAUUUGCUUCUUAUACCUCAGGGCAGCAAUCACAAGUUAA